AAAGAUCUCAUUGGUGUGGACUCCCGCCUUCGAGUCCUUUUAUUUUCGUCCCUGCCUACAAAAUCUCUCUCCCAUUGCUUCAUCUUCAUCCUCUUUUUCCUCUCCUCAAUCUUUGUUUUCCUUCUCUCAUCGUUGAUUUAUUAUUCCUUAAUCUUGGACACAUUUCCAAAAACUGGGCUCCCCCUUGAUUCAAAGACAUCAAGUUUGCCUCCCAAAAUCGGUAACCUGGCCCAUUCCGAUCCUAACAUGGCUGCUGCCACGGCGGAGGCGGCGGAAGACGAUUUUCAGGCCCGACACAGCAGCUUCUCCGGCUACGAGGCUAACCGGUUAAGCGGCGAAGGUUCUCCGAUGAUGAUGUCACCAUGGAACCAGAAUUCGCCAUUUACGAAAUCUCCCUGGUCGAAUUUCGACGAAAAUGCGCCAUCAAAUAUCCCGCAGAAUGGCCUAAUCAGCUCCCUGGUUCGUGAAGAAGGCCAUAUUUAUUCAUUGGCCGCAAAAGAUGAUCUUCUUUACACGGGUUCAGACAGCAAGAACAUCCGGGUUUGGAAGAACACGAAAGAAUUCACAGCUUUUAAAUCAAACAGCGGCCUUGUUAAGGCCAUUAUAAUCUCAGGUGACAAGAUUUUCACCGGCCAUCAAGACGGUAAAGUUCGGGUAUGGAAAGUCAAUCCCAAAAAUCCAAGCAUUCAUAAACGUACGGGAACAUUUCCAACGUUUUUCGACAUAUUCAAAGCAUCAAUUAAACCCAGUAAUUACGUCGAGGUGAAACGGAACAGGACAGCCCUUUGGAUCAAGCAUUGUGAUGCAAUUUCUUGCUUGAGCAUGAGCCAAGAACAGGGGCUUCUUUACUCUGCUUCAUGGGACAGGAGUUUUAAGGUUUGGAGGGUGGAGAAUUCGAAAUGCUUGGAAUCUGUAAAAGCCCAUGAUGACGCCGUGAACUCCGUCGUUGCCAGCGUGGAUGGAUUGGUCUACACCGGAUCCGCCGACGGGAGUGUCAAAGUAUGGAAAAGGGAAUCCACCGGGAAAACUGUCCGGCAUGUGUUUGUACAAACGCUCCUGAGUCAAGAAUGUGCGGUCACGGCUUUAGUAGUGAGUAAUUCGGGAACGGUUGUUUACUGUGGAUCUUCAGAUGGGCUGGUGAAUUUUUGGGAAUACAACAAGGAAUUGUCUCACGGCGGCGUUCUCAAAGGCCACAAGCUGGCGGUGCUCUGCCUCGCCGCCGCCGGGAACUUGGUCUUCAGUGGCUCAGCCGAUAAGACCAUAUGCGUUUGGAGGAGGGACGGGAAUGUACACACUUGUCUCUCUGUUUUGACAGGGCAUACCGGACCGGUGAAGUGCCUGGCGGUGGAGGAAGACAAAAACUCCUCCUCAAGCGGCGAUCCACGUUGGGUGGUUUACAGUGGGAGUCUUGACAAAUCGGUUAAAGUUUGGAGCGUUUCUGAAAUGGCACCGGAUUUGCGAUAUAUGGCUAGUAACAUGCAACACACAGGCCAUGGGGAAUCUAACUGGGAGUCCAUACCUUCGGCCAAGUAUUGAUUUUGAUCGAUUCAGGGCCCUUUUAGCUAACUGAGGUGGCGACCGGAUUCAUCAUCAUUUUGAUCAACAAUCCCCGGUGAAAAAACAUAGCUUGUUUCAUGGAAAUAGAAUAACUGGAUGGAUCAUCUGAGCUCUUGAUUUUCCCUAGAAAUGUAAUCUGAUGAAGAUGAUGACUGGAAUGUCUGUAAUGAGGGAUUAUUACUUAUAUUUGGAUUUUCAUUAAUAAAUUUUCCUUUUUUUUUCAUUUCAUUACUUUGUGUUUAAACCUUUACUAAAUGUUUGAAUAGAUGAG